AUGUUCAGGGCACGAGGCCUGGCACCAAAUAGGCCCUCGAUCAAGAACAGUAAAACCUCGGAGAGAGUAGGAGCUUCGGUACCCAGGUUUACCAAGUACCAAGGGGCUCCCACGACUCAGGUAUGAGGAGGACGACCUAGGUACCCCUUUCCCGGCUCCCUAGCCCAGCUGCUCAUGCUCCCCUUCCUCGUCCCCUCCCCCACUCUCAUCUUCUGCCCGCCCGGAACGUCCGCGGGCUAGGCCACAACGGCUAGGGAACCGCCGGUAUCCGCGUCCGCAGCGCCGCCAGCCAGGCGGGAGCCGUGUGGGAUCCCAGCGCCCGCACUCCCGCCCCCGCCAAGGAGCCAGGAAUGGCACAACUAGAAAGGAGCGCCAUCUCUGGCUUCAGCUCUAAGUCCAGGCAAAGCUCAUUCCCCUAUGAUGUUAAACGUGAAGUAUACAAUGAGGAGACCUUUCAACAGGAACACAAAAGGAAGGCCUCCUCAUCUGGGAACAUGAACAUCAACGUCAACACUUUCACACACCACGUCCAGUGCCGCUGCUCAUGGCACAGGUUCCUACGAUGCAUACUUACAAUCUUUCCCUUCCUAGAAUGGAUGUGUAUGUAUCGAUUAAAAGAUUGGCUUCUUGGAGACUUACUUGCUGGUAUAAGUGUUGGCCUUGUGCAAGUUCCCCAAGGCCUGACACUUAGUUUGCUGGCAAGGCAACUGAUUCCUCCUCUCAACAUCGCUUAUGCAGCUUUCUGUUCUUCAGUAAUUUAUGUAAUUUUUGGAUCAUGUCAUCAAAUGUCCAUUGGUUCCUUCUUUCUGGUGAGUGCUCUGCUGAUCAAUGUUCUGAAAGUCAGCCCAUUCAACAGUGGUCACCUGGUCAUGGGAUCUUUCGUCAAGGAUGAGUUUUCUGCCCCCUCCUACCUUAUGGGCUAUAAUAAAUCCUUGAGUGUGGUGGCAACCACAACUUUUCUGACUGGGAUUAUUCAGCUAAUAAUGGGCGUAUUGGGUUUGGGCUUCAUUGCCACUUACCUUCCGGAGUCUGCAAUGAGUGCUUACCUGGCUGCUGUGGCACUGCAUGUCAUGCUGUCCCAGCUGACUUGCAUCUUCGGGAUUAUGAUUAGUUUCCAUGCCGGUCCCAUCUCCUUCUUCUAUGACAUAAUUAAUUACUGUGUAGCUCUCCCAAAAGCUAAUUCCACCAGCAUUCUACUAUUUCUAACUGUUGUUGUUGCUCUGCGAAUCAACAAAUGUAUCAGAAUUUCUUUCAAUCAGUAUCCCAUUGAGUUUCCCAUGGAAUUAUUUCUGAUUAUUGGCUUCACUGUGAUUGCAAACAAGAUAAACAUGGCCACAGAAACCAGCCAGACGCUUAUUGACAUGAUUCCUUAUAGCUUCCUGUUUCCUGUAACACCAGAUUUCAGCCUUCUUCCCAAGAUAAUUUUACAAGCCAUCUCCUUAUCUUUGGUGAGCUCCUUUCUGCUCAUAUUUCUGGGCAAGAAGAUUGCCAGUCUUCACAACUACAGUGUCAAUUCCAACCAGGAUUUAAUAGCCAUAGGCCUUUGCAAUGUCGUCAGUUCAUUUUUCAGAUCUUGUGUGUUUACUGGUGCUGUUGCUAGGACUAUUAUCCAGGAUAAAUCUGGAGGAAGACAACAGUUUGCAUCUCUGGUAGGCGCAGGUGUGAUGCUGCUCCUGAUGGUGAAGAUGGGACACUUUUUCUACGCACUGCCAAAUGCUGUGCUGGCUGGUAUUAUUCUGAGCAACGUUGUUCCCUACCUUGAAACCAUUUCUAACCUACCCAGUCUGUGGAGGCAGGACCAAUAUGACUGUGCUCUUUGGAUGAUGACAUUCUCAUCUUCAAUUUUCCUGGGACUGGACAUUGGACUAAUUAUCUCAGUAGUUUCUGCUUUCUUCAUCACCACUGUUCGUUCACACAGAGCUAAGAUUCUUCUCCUGGGUCAAAUACCUAACACCAACAUUUAUAGAAGCGUCAAUGAUUAUCGGGAGAUCAUCACCAUUCCUGGGGUGAAAAUCUUCCAGUGCUGCAGCUCAAUUACAUUUGUAAAUGUUUACUACCUAAAGCAUAAGCUGUUAAAAGAGGUUGACAUGGUAAGGGUGCCUCUUAAAGAAGAAGAAAUUUUCAGCUUGUUUAAUUCAAGUGACACCAGCCUACAGGGAGAAAAGAUUUGCAGGUGCUUCUGCAACUGUGAUGAUCUGCAGCCACUGCCCAGGAUUCUUUACACAGAGCGAUUUGAAAAUAAACUGGAUCCCGAUGCAUCCUCUGUUAACCUGAUUCACUGCUCACAUUUUGAGAGCAUGAACACAAGCCAAACUGCAUCUGAAGACCAAGUGCCAUACACGGUAUCAUCCAUGUCUCAGAAGAAUCAAGGGCAACAAUAUGAGGCGGUGGAGAAAGUUUGGCUUCCUAACUCAUCAAGAAACAGCUCACCAGGACUGCCUGAUGUGGCAGAAAGCCAGGGAAGGAGAUCACUCAUCCCUUACUCAGAUGCGUCUCUACUGCCCAGUGUCCACACCAUCAUCCUGGAUUUCUCCAUGGUACACUAUGUGGAUUCACGGGGGUUAGUCGUAUUAAGACAGAUAUGCAAUGCCUUUCAAAAUGCCAACAUUUUGAUACUCAUUGCAGGGUGUCACUCUUCCAUAGUCAGGGCAUUUGAGAGGAAUGAUUUCUUUGACGUUGGCAUCACCAAGACCCAGCUGUUCCUCAGCGUUCACGACGCCGUGCUGUUUGCCUUGUCAAGGAAGGUUAUAGACUCCUCCGAAUUAAGCAUCGAUGAAUCUGAGACAGUGAUACGGGAAACCUACUCAGAAACAGAGAAGAAUGACAACUCAACAUAUAAAAUGAGCAGCAGUUUUCUAAGAAGUCAAAAAAAUGUAAGUCCAGGCUUCACCAAGAUCCAACAGCCUAUAGAAGAGGAGUCGGAGUUGGAUUUGGAACUGGAGUCAGAACAAGAGGGUGGGCUGGGUCUAGACCUAGACCUGGAUCGGGAACUGGAGCCUGAGUCAGAGCUGGAGCCUGAAAUGGAGCCCAGGGCUGAGACUGAGACCGAGACCGAGAACGAGAUGGAGCCUCAGCCUGAGACUGAGCCCGAGAUGGAGCCUGACCCCAAAUCUAGGCCAAGAGCUCACACUUUCCCUCAGCAGCAUUACUGGCCUAUGUAUCAUCCACGUAUGGCUUCCACCCAGUCUCAGACUCAGCCUCAGACAUGGUCAGUGGAGAGAAGACGCCAUCCUAUGGACUCAUACUCACCGGAGGGCAACAGCAAUGAAGAUGUCUAGGAGAUGAACUGGAAAUAAGGGGUCGGAUAAUCCUGGCAAAUCCUCCUACCCAAAAGGGGUCAAUUGUCCAGAGACCUAGAUUGGAUAUGAACUAGCAGUACUUCCUUCCUGACUGUGACUCCUACCACCUGCCGGCCUUCUUCUUUGUUCUGCACUGGGAUCACACUCCCAGAUCACAUUACUAAAUGCCAACAAUUAUCUCUUAAUUCCCUAUCCAGGCUCCCCUCAUUUCACCUUCAGCAUAUAUUCUAGUCAUGAAUUUCCUUCUUCACACACCCCACAUCUCCGGGCUUUGUGCCAGACCAUCUCUAACUUAAUCCUCUCAUCCCUGUUCCCCUUUCUCCAAAGAGAUGAAGCUCAAAUAAAAUGUAUAGCUCUA